AUGAUGAAUAUUUAAAGGUAAUUCUUAUUUUUUACUUUUUAGUAAAGAAUACAUUUUUGUUAUAUGUAGCAGGUAAUAAUAAUUCAUAAUCUGGAUCAUCAUCAGGAGAAUUUGGAAUUUUAGUUAUAAUAUUCUCCAUUUUUGCUAAGAGUUAUAAUAUUAUGAACUAUAUCGUGAUGGUAUUACCCUAUAUCUCUAUAUAGAUAUAGCAGUUGUAGGAGGCAGGUGGAAUAUAGGAUCUUAUAGUUUUGCCAAUUGA